AUGGAGAAAACUGAAAAUAUGUUGCCAUCCCAACUUUUCGCUCCGUAUCCUGUUGAUACAAUGCUAACAGAUUUAACUGCUGAUUCAGCUGAUACAGCCAAUCCAGAGAAAUCUUUGGCAACUCCAUUACCGUGCACCCCAGCUAAAAGCCCAGCAACUAAAAAAGGAAAGAUUACAUCUCCUGAAUCCGACCUCAACAAGGUUAUGGCUGCCAUUCAGUCUCUUUCUGCAAAAUGUGAAGUAAUUUUCGAAAAGGUUACAUCUAUGGAGACAACGGUGAGAAACACUGAUCAAGCCAUUACCUUCCUAAAUGAAACCGUGGAAAAACUUCUUAAAGAUACCACCAAUCACAACGAGAGGAUCUCCGUGCUGGAAAAGAAGACUUCAGAAUUGAGAGAAGAAAAUAAACAACUCAAACUUCAGUUGCUGGAGGCAAACAGCUAUCGAAGAAGAUGGGGUCUAAGACUGCACGGGAUGAAGGAGGAAGAUCAUCAAGAAAACACUCGCGAUCUGGUGAUCAAAGUUCUUGGCAAGAUUUCCCCGAAAAUAGCUGAGAAAUUACCGGAGGUGGUGGAUUCGGUGCACAGAAUUGGAAAAAGGAAAGACGGCAACGCAGCGAGAGGUGUAAUCAUUCAAUUCAGCAUGCGUCACUUUCGUGAUAUCGUAUGGAGGGAUGCAAAAGGUUCAAAAUUUCUGGAGGAAGCCCAUCUCCGUUUAAAAGAAGACCUGUCACCUGAUGAAAGAGCGGCACGAGCCAAGGUUUGGCCGCUGGUUCAGAAAGCUAGAGAAGAAGGAAAGAGAGCGUCAUUCAUCGGUGCUUUUGCUUACAUCGAAGACAAUCAUUGUAAGGUGAAGAUUGAUUCAUCAGAGAUUAAGGAUUCAGUCAAAGAGUCAGAUGAAUUUACUGUUCGCUGUUCAACCUCUGUUUCCUGCGCAUCUCAUCCUGAGUGGAUUCUUCAUGAACAAGGGAAAGAUCCAGAAAGAGUGACGUCAUCAAAUAAUAGAUUCACACAGGAUAAAGAGGAAAACGAGGACAAAAAGAUCACCAGACUAAAAUUUAAUACAACAUGGGAAGAUGACAACAUGAUCUUGUCUUGUCGUCCAGAAGAAAAUCAGGACAGCUGUCUCACUAGAAAUAUCACUCUGUCUGUUGAAUAUGCACCAAAGGAAGUAAAAGCAACAGUGAGCUCUGAUAAUGUGAAGGAAGGAGAUUCUGUUACUCUCUCCUGCACCUCUAGAGGUCGCCCUGAUGUCACCAUCUCAUGGUUCAAACAAGGGAAGGAAAUAUCACAAUUGGCUGAGUGGAGACUAGUUAAUGUUAAACCCGAAGACAGUGGAGAAUACUACUGCAAAGCUGAAAACAAGCAUGGAAAUGUAGAAUCAAAUACAAUUUCUAUCAAUGUUAAGUAUCGUCCAAAAGAAGUCAGUGUGACACCUGCUGUUUACAUCAGUGAUCUCAGAGAGGGAGAUGAGCUGAAACUGAAGUGUUCAGUGGGGGACAGUAACCCAGCAGUCAACCAGUUUCAAUGGUAUAGGGAUAAUUCCCUGUUAUGGCAUCAAACCAGUCAGACAUUAACCAUCAGUCAAGUUAAACAAUCUUGUCACACCAUCAAAACUUCACCGUUGUACCUCAAAACCCAGGAAUGUACUACUGCACCGCAACCAAUGAUGUUGGGACCUCACAAUCUGAACCCAUCACAUCUGUCCAUGGUUUCGACACUUUGGACUUUUCAGUGAUGAUGUCGUUUUUGACAGGAAUGGAUCCACACAUAGAAAUCCAAAUUAUGGAUCCAC